AUGGAUGGCCAAGAGGUUAAAACUGAAUUCUAUCUUGGUGAUGAUUAUAAAUUUAUUUUACUAAUGCUUGGACUCAAGGGGGCAACAUUCAAUUAUGCUUGUGCCUAGUGAAAAACACACAAAAAUAAUCGCUGAAGAAUCAACAAUGACUACACAAGUUACAACACUCCCCCCUCAGCAAGAACACUGAAAGAAAUUUCUGAAAUGUCUAAAAAAUCUAGAGAAAAUUACUGUUGUGAUAAACAACCUAUAUUAAAUAUCCCACUGGAUCAUAUAGUGGUAGACGAGCUGCACUUAAUGCUGAGAAUCACAGAUAUUUUGAUUGGAAAUCUAGUGCAGGAGUGCCUAGACUGGGAU